CGGGCGGGACCGGGAGCGGCGCCGCGCGGAGCCAUGGAGGUGCAAUCCUACUACAGCAAGCUGCUGGGGGAGCUGAACGAGCAGCGCAAGCGGGAUUUCUUCUGCGACUGCAGCAUCAUCGUGGAGGGCAGGAUCUUCAAAGCCCACAAGAACAUCCUGUUCGCCAACAGCGGCUACUUCCGAGCGCUGCUCAUCCACUACAUCCAGGACAGCGGGCGCCACAGCACGGCCUCGCUGGACAUCGUCACCUCCGAGGCUUUCUCCGUCAUCCUGGAUUUCCUCUACUCGGGGAAGCUGGAUCUGUGCGGCGAGAACGUCAUCGAGGUGAUGUCCGCCGCCAGCUACCUGCAGAUGACCGACGUGGUCAACUUCUGCAAAAGCUACAUCAGGUCCUCCUUGGACAUCUGCAGGAAGAUGGAGAGGGAGGCGGCGGCCUUGUACCAGGCCGACAGCGGCAGCUCGGCCAGGGAGGGCACCUCGGCGGGCUCCAGGAGCGCUGCCUCGUGCUGCGUGCAGGAGAAGGUUCCGGAAUGCCGGCGGGACCCUCCGUGCGGGGACUGUGCUGGCUGCCAGCCCCCGGAGCCGGCGGCCCCCGGAGCCGCCGAGCCGGCCGGGGCGGUGGAGCCCAAGGUGGAGUUGGACCCCGACGAGGCGGACGGGCGGCUGGCGCCGUACCCCGCGCCCUCCUCGCUGGGGCAGGGGGAAGAGGGGCAGCCCCUGGAGCUGGCCUGCAACAAUUUGCACAUGAAGCAGUUCCUGGAGGCUCUGCUGCGCAACGGCUCGGCCCCGAGGAAGGAGGAGGUGGUGCAUCACUUUGUCCGGGGAUUUGAGGGUAGGGCUGAGGACGCAGGAGUGGCCGUGAGCUCCAUGAUGGACGUUCACAGCGACUGGUAUGGUGAGGACACAGGUGACGUGCUGGUGGUGCCCAUCAAGCUGCACAAGUGCCCCUUCUGCCCCUACACGGCCAAGCAGAAGGGGAUCCUGAAGCGCCACAUCCGCUCGCACACCGGGGAGCGGCCGUACCCCUGCGACACCUGCGGCAAGCGCUUCACCCGCCAGGAGCACCUGCGCAGCCACGCCCUGAGCGUCCAUCGCUCCAACAAGCCCAUCAUCUGCAAGGGCUGCAGGAGAACCUUCACCAACAGCCUGUCGCAGGGGCUGCGGCGCUUCGGGCUCUGUGACAGCUGCACCUGUGUCACCACCACCCACGAGGACUCCCUGCCCAUCAACCUCAGCCUGGUGGAGACGGCCUCGGAAGGGCAGGAAAAAGGGGAUGCUGACAACGAUUGGCCCAUCUAUGUGGAGUCUGGAGAGGAAAACGAGGCAGCUGAGGAUGAGGAUGGCGAUGACAAGCAGGAGAUCCACCGGAGUUUGUCAGACAGAGAGACUUUGAUGUAGCAGUGAGAGGAGAGGGGGAGCACUGAGAGGUUCCCUGGCAGUGGCUGUGACAGAAAACUGCACAUUUGCUCAAUCAGUGACACUGUGCUGGUUUUUAUUAUUCUGUUUUUUUUUUAAUUCAAUUGCGGGGAAAAAUUGGAAUUUUUAAUACUUUGAACGUUUUCAGUGCUGUGCACAGGAAAUCUGUGAAGAAUCUCCUGUCUGGGCUCACAGAGGUUGGACUCGAGCAGUUUCUCUGCCUGCUGGUUUUGGGUUUGCAGGUUGUUUUUGGGACAGGUUUCUUCAAAUAAUGAGUCCUUAAUCCCUGAUCUGAAAGGAGCACCACCUUUUCUCUGAAGAUGACAUCAAAUGUGGUUUAUAUCUCUUACCUUGGGACUUUUCCAAGCUAAUCUGUGAUUCUUCUGUCUUAGGACAGUGUUAUCUAAAUUAUGAACCAUAAAUUUUUGCUAUGACUGGACUUGACCUUGGAAACCAGGGCAGAAAAACCAGGAUAACAAACUAACUAACAAACAAACAAUCAAAAUAUGCUGCUGCUGGAAAGAUAGACAGGAAGAAUAAAUCUAUUUCACAUAAUUAAUUGCAGGAAUUUAGAGAUCAAGUUUUUCUUUCUGAAUUUUUACUGCAUCUUCCUCUCCUAAGAGCUCAGGCUGUAGAUCUUCAGCUGUGUCUUUAAUGUCACUCAGAUAUCAGCAGUCUUGGCUUCAAUAUUAAGCACAAAUAAUGGUGUUUUAGUGGCCAGGACCAAGAGAAAAGCCCAAAUUCUUUUCAGCUUUUUACAAUAGGAGUUAAAAGCUGUCAGGCAGGUUCCUUGGGAAUUCUGACUGUGGCAGAUUGAAUAACCAGAUCCACACCUGGUGUAGCUGAGGAGCAGUGAAAUAUCUGAGCUAUGCUAUAAAAGAGCUCUGAAUGCCCUUUUGGAAUCCUUUUUUUGUCUUUUCCUGUAAUUUCUUUUCAAAAUCGGGGAUGAUUUAUGUUUUGUGAUUUUUAUCCAGUAUUUUUUUUUUAAAACCUCCACUGUGGACCUCCUGUUUCUUUGCUGGGGCAGCUAAGGCUUUGGAAAGGAGGUGAGAUUUUGUCACCUUUCCAGCAGCAAGUUUUUAAGAGCUAUCAGAACUCAGGCUGGGAAGCUUUAGAAGAAAACCCAGCACCAUCAGAAAGCCUGUUUGCUUAGGGGUGACCUCCUGUUCCCUGACAAAAGGGACAAAACUGAAAUAUACUGUGAAAUAAGACUGUUAAUGCUUCUUCACUCCGCUGUUCUCUAAGUGUUUCACGAAAAGGCAAAUUUGAUGAGUCUUUUUGGCUGGAGCAGAAUUCUGUAGACAGAUUUGGCUGACAAAGAGUGAGCAGUUCCUCCCACUUGGUGCUGUUUCCUGAGGGUUUUGGUGUAAAGAUUUUCCACUUGGCAAACUUAAAAAACCCAAGAGCCCUCUGAUUUAACCAGGUUUUUUUUUUUCUGCAUACCUCGUGCUUUUCUUGUACAUGUUGGAAAAGAACAAUUCAGCUUCUCCCUGUGCUUCAUCCAGCAGUGAAACAGUCCCACUGUCGUGUCAGAUUUAUUUGUGAGAGGUGCUGCUGCUCUCACAAGUGCAGCCAAGGGUUCAUUGCCACACCAGGUAGGAUGAGGAAAGAAGAAACAAAGUUCUUUUUAAAGAAUUCACUUUAUUGGCGGCUGCUGAGCAGAGCAGAAGGUGAAGAGACUUCCUUUGGAGUGGUCUGGUCCAAGUUCUUGAUGAGUGUCACCAUGUCAUGUGCUGGUUUUAUUUUCUGACUCUUAAUUUGGGUGAGUUUCAGUCAUUCCUGUUCCAGGUCUGCUGGAAAUUUGAGUUUGUAGGAGCUGGAACACAGGACAAGACCUUUACAGAUUUCCCUGCUCUAGAGCCCCUGUUUUAGUCGAUCUGAAUUAAGGGACAUUGGAGGGACAACUCCUGGAGGUGCCACUUUUGGAGUUGAGCUGCUCUGAAAAUCCUGCUGUGGUUUUGGCUCCUUGGUGCUCUUGAAAACCUGAGCAAAAUGUGGGGCUUGUAGAUCUUGCUGGAAUGUUUGGAAAAGCACCUUCCAUCCUCCCAGGGCUUGUCUUUUGGACUACUGGAUUUUUGGAAGCAGACACUGAUCCCAGCUAGGAGGAAAUACAUGUGAGGAGGACAACAUCCCAAAUAUCCUUUCCAGAAAAUUUUGUGUUAUAUCCAAUAUUUGACAAAAAAAUCUUGCUGCAAGUAGACAAAUUUCCCUUUUUUUUGUUUUUUUUUUUAAUUUUUUUUCUCAUGAAAGAUUGAGAUGCUGAAGAACUCAGAGGGGAUGAGGGUGGUUAUCUCCACCCUUGGUGAAAAGGAUUCUUUGUGGGGGAAGGAGGAGGAGAGCAGGGCAGCUGAGGGUGUCAAAAAGCUUGGGAAUGAUUUGGGGAGGAGAAUUGUUUGGAUCCAGCCCUAAGUCAUCAACAUGAGCUGGAUGCAAAUGUGGGACAGUUGGGUGUUCUGAGAAACAGCUGAAAAUAAAGAGUUUAAGGAGGGUUUUAAUUGUCCUGCUGGAUCAGGAUUAGGAUCAGGCUUUCCCUAAACUGGCCUUGCUGCCAGAGGGAAGAAGGGAAGAUUCCUCCCUGGGUUUAGGACAGGACAUUCCAAUUUCCUGCUCAUUUGGAAAAAGGAAAAAUCUCCUGGUGCCCUGGAGGCUCCAUGGAUUUGUACUGGAGAUUUGGUUUUAUACUCGAGAUUUCGAUUUGUGCUUCUAGAUUGGAUUUGUAUUUGAGAUUUGGACUUGUACUUGAAAUUUGGAUUUGUACUCGAGAUUUGGACUUGUGCUUCUAGAUUGGGAUUUGUGCUUGGAGAUUUGGAUUUGUGCUUCUGGAUUUGGAUUUGUGCUUCUACAUUUGGAUUUCUACUCGAGAUUCAGAUUUCUACUCGAGAUUUGGAUUUGGGAUUUGGAUUUGUGCUUCUAGGCUCAGAUUUGUACUCGAGAUUUGGAUUUCUACUCAAGAUUUGGAUUUGUACUCGAGAUUUGGAUUUGAGAUUUGGAUUUGAGAUUUGGAUUUGUGCUUCUAGGCUCAGAUUUGUACUCAAGAUUUGUAUUUGUAUUUGAGAUUUGGAUUUGAGCUUGAGCACAAAGGUGGAACUCAAACCCCGGGUGAUUCAACACUCCUGGUUUGGUCCUUGGGAAAGGUGAGGAGAGGAAUGAUGAUGCAAAUGAAGACAACCCCAAUCUAAGGUGGCAGUGAUCACAUGAAAGUUGUAAUCCCAUGCCUGAUUAAUUUCUAGGCUUUGAACAGUUCCUUAAGUUGUUCUAGUAUAAGCUCUUGAGUUUUCCUUGGUAAAAAAUAUCCCUGGAUAAUUCAAGUUGUAAGAUGCACCAUAACUGAAGGCUGUGAUUCCUGAGGAAUGUUUAUUUUGAAGAGAACUGCAAUCUUUAAAUUGGUGCCACAGUUAAUUAAACUAUUAUAAUACAUUACACUAUACCAUUAUAUAUUAUUACAGUUAAUCCUAUUUGGUUACCAAACCCAAGGAGAAAUGUACAUUAAUUUUUCUGUGAGCAAGAAAAAUAUUAAUUUUUUUUAGUGUGAUUGUUCUCUGAAGAGCAGACUCUACAUUCUGGCUGUGAGGAGCAGCUCCUUCACACUGCUGCCAAGCACAUUCCCUCUGGAUAAACUCUCCAAACAGCAUCUCAAGUGGAACUUUCUCAGCUGAAAUUUGCUCUAAAAUUUAGAAAUAAAACCUAAAAAACCUC